GAGAAUGGCUGAAGAACGAGGAUGCAGACCGGUGGAGCGGCUUUUGUCCUCGCAUUGUGGACGUUGUGGAGUACGACACGGCCCUCGUAGAGGAGGCUGUGGGAACUUCCACACAGGCCGCACUACUGGUUACGUCUACAGAGAAGGAGGACGACCAGACUUUAUACAUCUACGGAAGGCAUGUAGGCUGCAGUUCAGGGAAGAUGGACAAAGUGCUGAGCAACCGCAUCAAUCGUCGUGGAAGCCCUCUUCACUUGUGCUGGGGCGGCCCGUGCAUGAGUGGAGAGGAGCGCCAAGCCAUCCAUGUGGUGGCGAUGCGGUGGUUCGAGCGCACAGCCUUCCACGCAGCCUACAUGAAGGCCUGGGGGCGCAUGGUGCUCAAGGAGUUUGGGGAGCUCGACAAAGAGGCAAAGGACCAGGUGGAAGAGGAGAGAAGCCCCGUGGGGGCCGAAAGCGACCUGCAGUGGCCAAGAGUGGGGCAGCCCCCAAAGAUCACAGAGAUCGGCUGCGAGAGAAGCUUCGGGCCCUCACUCAAGGCGAAGUUAAUAGAGGGGAAGGCAGAAGCAAAGGCCGUAGAGGUCAUGAGGGCUUCAGACGAGACCGAAGAUGCAGAAGAGGAGGAGGAGAACUCAGAGGAGCCAGAGCCCCGACUGGGAGUUGGCGACAAGUUGAAAGGAAAGGCAACUCAGCUGGCCCUAGGAGACGUCAAAGGAGAGGCAGAGGACAAGGAGAAGACGGAGGAUCGAAAAAGGAGUAGCCCACACCGGAAGGAGUCGGAGUCCAGCUCAACAGAGCUGCUGGCUCCGUUGCAGAAACGGUCCAGCAAGAAGCCGGGGGCGGUGCUGAAGAUGCUGGUGGACCAUGCCAAGACGACCCUGGAUCAGUCAUCUGUGGUCGAGACGGAGAAGGACCAACAGGUGACCGGUGGGAUCAAGAUCUCCACAUAUUUCAACCUGCUUGUCCGGCCUUACCACAGCCCGGCGAGCAGGGUUAUGAAGGAGAUGAACCACGUAGCCGUCUGCCUCGACGAGCUAAGGUCGGGUCAGCUGGGGAGACUUGGGGACAGUUUGUCCUCGAGGCGCAAGGGGGCUCCGACAUCGCUGUUGGAAGCGAAACGCCACGGGCGCCUUGUGCAGAAGAGUCAGGGGAAGGAGCCCUGGCGUCCGAAGGGCGAAGGGGACCCAUGGAGGAGCAGCGGAAAAGGAGGCGAUGGCAGCUACCUUAAG